AUUCAUAAGUGUUGGGCCUGCGUUAGCCCAUGGGCUGCCGAAUCCGGUGCUGAGCCGUUACGCUCGAUUUUACCAGGAGCCAGAAAAGGAGAGCGACGAAUCACGAAUGUGACAUAUUUUUGCGGUAGCCUGGUUCGGACUUUUGGGAUAUGUCGGCUCAGCUGUAGUGUUAUUUGGCGCGUCUUGGUGGGAGAAGGGAGAGUGGAGAGUGAUUGAUACUUUUUCAACAGCUGGUGGUGGGGAAGAUAGGAAGCAGAUAGCUGUCGUCAUCAUCGAAAAUGGCUGCCGCAGCAUCUACCGCCCAUGCCAUCAACUUCCGUCUUCCCUUUGCGGCGAUCACAAACGGCAAACCCGUGGCAGCUCUUCCUUCUGCUUCCUUCAUUAGCUUUGGCGCCACUCGAUCGCCUCUUCCAUCGACUAAUUCGGUUGCUAGAUUGACGUUUUCUAAGAGCAUAAUUGUUCCCCGAGCAUCAGAAACCACUGCUGUUGAGGAUGGGAGUUACAGUGAUAUGGAUGGAGUGCCGACUCCCAAGGUGAUAAUCGACCUGGACUCUGAUCCAGAUGCAACUGUUGUCGAGAUCACCUUUGGUGAUCGCCUUGGAGCACUUGUGGAUACUAUGACAGCACUGAAAAACCUUGGACUAAAUGUGGUGAAGGGUAAUGUCUUCUUGGAUUCUUCUGGGAAGCAUAACAGAUUUGCCAUCACGAAAGCUGAUAGUGGUAGGAAGGUUGAAGAUCCAGAGCUCCUUGAGGCAAUUCGUUUGACAAUAAUUAACAAUCUACUUAAGUAUCACCCAGAAUCAAGUAGUAAGUUAGCGAUGGGAGUCUUCUUCGGUGCACAACCACCAAAUCAGGUAGAUGUGGACAUCGCAACCCAUAUAACCAUCUCGGAUGAAAGUCUCAAUCGAAGCUUAUUGAGUGUGGAAACAGCUGAUCGCCCUGGUUUAUUGGUGGACCUUGUGAAGGUCAUCAGUGACACCAAUAUUGCAGUUGAAUCAGGAGAGUUUGACACCGAGGGUUUGUUGGCCAGAUCGAAGUUUCAUAUCAGCUACGAUGGUAAAGCUGUCCCCAAGCCUCGUCAACAGAAUGUGCUGUUCAAACUUUGUGACGUGAAUCGUUGGCCAGGUUCUUGCUAACAGCUUGCAGUAUUUCUUGAGGCGUCCUGCAACGGAGGACUCCAGCUUUUAAGCCGGUGAAGAAAAUUGUGGCAGAUUGGAGAGAACCAACCAAACCACUACUGUGUUUCAUCAAUGCAUCUCUUUCUAUUGAGAUGCAUGUAUCUUUGUGGUAAACCAUAGAACUUGCUU